UCCAUCCCUUAGGGGAGGUUCUGCCGGAUCUUCCACAGAAGGGUCCGGUAGGGUUUCCCUGGGAUCAGGGCUUGUCUAGGGUUCCGGUGGGGAACUUUGGACGGGUCCUGACAGUUGGUAUCAGAGCAUAGGUUCUUGUAAUCCUAAGGGACUGUGCAUUGCUGUACAGCCCAUCCGUAAAUUCCUUCCUUUUGUAAUCGUGCUUAAGUGUCCCUGUUUCUAAACUCUUGUUUGUUUCUUCAGUAAUCGACUACGAUGAGUCGGCGGGACACACGAAGAACUCGGGAACGCUCGGCUGAGAGUUCCGGGAGUCGAUCAAGCCUUAGAGAUCUAGUCUCUCAGCUAACUAGAGCCUUAGGAGGUUCAAGCUCUAGUAACCGAUCCGUGGAUCAGGCUCGACGUUUAGGAGCCGUGGAGUUCGAUGGAAGCCAAGGCCCAGCUGCAGCCUUGAAGUGGCUAUCCAGCAUGGAGAAAAUCUUGGAAGAGGGGAUGCAGUGCCCCGAUGAGGAUAUGGUGAGGAUUUCUGGGUUCAUGUUAGAGGGAGACGCCCGGAAGUGGUGGCAAAUGGAGAAGACCCGCAGAAGGCAUACGUGGGACCAGUUCAAGAUUGCCUUCUCUACUGAGUUCUGUCCUCCUGCCUACCGUGAGGCGAGAAAGAGAGAGUUCGAGGGACUGCGCCAGGGAAACAUGACGGUGACAGAGUACGAGAGGAGGUUCCGGGAGCUGUCAGAGUUCUGCAUGCACUUGAUUCCCGACGAUCACGCGAAGAAGGUGAGGUUCAUAGACGGGUUGAACGAGAGCAUCGGCUACACCCUUUCUGGGUCAGUACACCCCACCUAUCAGUCCGCCAGGGAUGCAGCGCUCGAGCUAGAGAGACAGGCGGAGAUACACAGACCCUCGAGGCGCAGACCGUUCGAAGGUUCGUACAGCGGGGUACCCCGACAGGGGGCAUCUAAGAAGAGUCAUAGUUCAGGCUCAGACAGUGGUGGGUUCAGCCCUCGAGGCAGAUUUCAGAGGAGAGGCGGCUAUCGUAUGCCCCAACCAGCGCGCCAUUCCAUCAGCGGCGGCACGAGCUCAUAUCAGCACUCUGGGUUUAGCCCCAAGCCAUUCUGCAGACGUUGCAAUAGAGCACACCAUGGGAUUUGCCAGUUUGAGGGUGUGUGCUUUCAGUGUGGACAGGCGGGACAUAUUAAGAGAAAUUGCCCUUAUGGAGAGGCGGGAGUGUUAGGGGCGAGCCCACCAUCACAUCAGGCCAGUGGAUCGCGGGGUCAGAGUUCCCGAGGGAGUUAUGCAGUAGGAGGUUCAUCGGGAUCAGUCCCACAGCCUGUUGGACCGAGCAGGGGUAGAGGACGGAGGCCCCAGCAGACAGGGCAGGGUCGAGUGUUUGCGAUGACGCAGCAGGAGGCCCUAGCUACACCGGACGUCGUGGCAGGUACGUUGAAUAUAUUCGGUAAUGAUGCAUUAGUACUUAUAGACCCGGGAGCAACACAUUCAUUCAUCUCCAAGGAAUUCGUCACUCGGGUCGGUAUGACCCCUACUCCUUUAGAAUGUCUAGUAGAGAUAGCCACUCCUGCAGGAGAAUCCUUGUGGCCUAGCCAGUUAAUCAAGGAAUGUUUCUUCUGCAUCGAAGAUCAAGUGAUGGAGGCGGACUUGAUCCUGUUGGAUCUGUCCGGACUUGAUGUAAUUUUGGGCAUGGAUUGGUUGGCAAGGAACCAUGCAUCUGUAGACUGUUUCAGCAAGGAAGUUACAUUCAGGAGGCCAGGGUUGCCAGAAGUAGUAUUCCGUGGAGGAGUUGGAAGGCCCUUACCGAGGUUGAUAUCUACCCUUACCGCCAAGAAGCUACUGAAUAAAGGUUGCCAGGGGUAUUUGGCUCAUGUGAUAGAUACCCGAGUAAGUGGGGUCAGGUUGGAAGACAUGCCCGUUGUGAGGGAUUUCCCGGACGUGUUUCCUGAGGAGUUACCAGGAUUGCCUCCGGAAAGGGAAGUUGACUUUCCCAUUGAAUUGAUUCCAGGCACCGUGCCUAUUUCUCUACCACCGUAUCGGAUGGCUCCAGCGGAGUUAAGGAAGCUAGUAAGUCUUCAUGGAGUACCGUUAGCCAUCGUCUCCGAUCGAGAUCCGCGCUUUACUUCACGACUAUGGCGGAAGUUGGCUGAUGCACUAGGAGCAAGACUUAACUACAGCACCGCUUUUCACCCACAAUCUGAUGGACAAGCAGAGCGCACAAUCCAGACAUUAGAAGACAUGCUAAGGUCUUGCAUUAUGCAAUUUAGCGGUAGCUGGGAUGAACAACUGCCACUGAUAGAGUUUGUCUACAACAACAGUUAUCAAGCGAGUACUGGAAUGUCCCCGUAUGAAGCUUUAUAUGGGAGGCAGUGUCGGACACCUUUGUGUUGGAGUGAGGUAGGAGAAGAGAGGCUCCUUGCAACAACUAAUGCGGUCGGAUCUGAGUAUUUAAGGAUGACCUUGGACAAGGUGAAGAUCAUUAGGGAUCGAUUGAAGGUUGCCCAAGAUAGACAGAAGAGUUACGCCGAUGUGCGUAGAAAGGAUUUGGAAUUCGAGGUAGGAGAUUGGGUAUUCCUAAAACUAUCUCCAUGGAAAGGAGUAGUACGUUUUGGACGACGAGGUAAGUUGGGUCCUCGUUAUAUUGGGCCUUACGAGGUUACGGAGAGGAUUGGCCCGGUGGCGUAUAGGUUGGCGUUACCGGAAGAGCUAGCUCGAGUACACAACGUGUUUCAUGUGUCGAUGCUACGGAAGUAUAUUGCAGACCCGUCGCACGUACUCGAGAGUCCGGAUAUAGAGAUAAGGGAAGAUCUUUCGUAUGUGGAGCAGCCAGUACAGAUUUUGGAUCGCGAGGAACGCACGCUACGCAACAAGACUAUUCCUCUAGUUAAGGUCUUAUGGCGGAACCACUUGGUCGAGGAAGCAACGUGGGAACCCGAAGCACAGAUGCGUGAGCAGUACCCGUAUCUGUUCCAGUGACGUGCGGAAAUUUCGAGGACGAAAUUUUUGUAAGGGGGGAAGGCUGUAACACCCCGUCCCGAAUCGCACCGGAA